AUGUCUUACGCUGGUUCCGAAAGCUCAGGGGGGGCCCCUGUGAGGGAUGACUCCAAUGACAGCAGCAGCCAAAGCGACGAAACUACUUCGUCUUCCGAGGAAUCUGAGAAGGAACCCGAGGUGGAAUCCGACGUGCCCAUGGACGAUGCCAACGAUGCCGAUGAUGAGCAAUCAUCCGAUAACGACGAUUCCAAUAGCAUGUGCGACUCUCCGGGACAGGAUGAAACAGAGGGGGAAAUCGUCCAGUGCGAGGAAUGCCAUUGCUGGAUGCGUGAAGGCCAGAGCCAUGACUGUGAACCGGAGGAGAAGGAUAAGUACGCUUAA